GGCGUACCUGUAAAAAUGACCAGUGGCAUAUUGUAAAUGUUUUUUUGGUACGUUGUGUCAAAUGCGAGCAACUCUCCAAAACACGAAAUGUCGGGUCUGCAAAUGCUGUCAGCCCAAAAUAAAAAAUGGAGCCUUUUUUCCUCAUCAGUAGUGUAUCGGAGGAGGAAGUGUGGGUCUGUGCUUUUCUUUGAUUCUAGAUAGGCCAGUGCAGUUGCUGCAUCACCCUCGCUGAUUCUCUCAGCGCGAUCUUUGGUGCUGAAAUUUAACCCAUCUUUAACUGUAUACCCAAGUUUGUCAUGCCAUCCAGCACAAUGCACAGCAAGCUUAAUGGCCUGAGAAGGUUUCAUUCCGGCAUCCUUUUUAAAUCGGAGGAGCUCAUUCAGGACAGCAGUACAGGAUCUCGGUCAGGGGCAGAAACCAGGAGCAAUAUGCAGAACGAUAUGGACGGCAGGAUGAUGACAAAACGCAAGACCAGAAGUUCUUCCAAAUUAAUGGUAGAUUGGAAUGACUUAGUUUGGAAAGGCCGUACCAGAUUUUCUUACUUACAAUUCGACAAGAAGGGUGAAACAAAGUUUACACUUCCAACACUUCUCAAGUACACUAGAGAGGAAGUGAACCUUGCCCACUACAUAUUUGCGAAGGAUCUUCCACAAAAGGAAGUCCUGGUUGAAACCAUGAUGCAAUCCUAUACACGAAAGGUGUUGUGGUCCCUCUGCCCUAAGUCUAAUGUCGAUGGUGAUGUAAUUACAGCCAUGGCUUGCCAAUUGAGCCUGGAGGAAGUUUGGAGGGAUGUUGGAGAUGGAAGAGUAGUCUGUUAUCUGCCUGCUGAACUACAAGAAAUGGUAAUUAACUAUGGCAUGACAUCAAAAAAAGCUCUAGAGUGUUACGGUGCAAAGUUCUUGGCAAGAGCUCACACGUGCAGAAAGGUGUGUCUGCCCAUGAAAGAUGCAAUGGACGGUGAUGCAGUUCACUGAUAUUUAGCUGUCAUUAUGCUGGACGACAAACAAGUCCAUCUAUUGGAUUCGUAUCCUUCUAAAAAGCGCCAAAGAUCUCGUAGAAACGCAGUAUUAACUAUGGUAUGGUUUGACCUCCUGAUCCUAAUACAGUUAUAUCUCUAAAUUGAUUUGGGUAUUCAUCUAUCCCGAAUAAAGUGAUUACUGCUUAUGUAGAUCGAAUUUCUUGAUGACUUGUUUGAGGAUCUUUAUCGGCAAGUGGAACCAACACUUGAUCCACCUGUGCUGGAACAAUUUUCUUUGACAAUUCCUUCAAUUCCCGAACAACGUCACGAGUAAGAAUUGUUCGUUGUGAACAAAUUAGAAACAUACUUAGAUACCCACCACUCAUAUGCUGCAUCUUAUUUUAUGUAGGUCUGAUAGUGGCGUUUGGGUGUGCUCAUGGAUGAUGGGUGCAUCUUGGGAUGCUUCUUAUAAUAUACGGGUAAGCAAGAGUUCUCCUACUUGGCCUUGAAGGAAAACAACCUUUCGAAACAGCUACUAAGCCUCAUUGUCAUUGUCAAACUGUUGCAGCCAUGCGGAGUAUAAGGAGAAUGCAACUAGCUUUGUAUUUGGUCCAACACCCUACAAAUUACAUAAGACAUGUCGUCAUCGAGGAAGCAAAUAGUAAUGCAUCAAGAUUUGUUGCCCAGACUCGUAGGUACAAGGAGGAAAGCCAAAAGAGCGUAAUCCAGAACUAGAAGAUUCAUAGGGAGAUGGUGGUUCAUUUCUCCUGCAGUAGUAUAUUCUGGAUAUUUGGUUGAUUAGUUCUCCUGCCAGUACUCUAGUUUUGUUUCCCUUUUCAUUUUCGUUGAGAACCAAAACAAUACCCUUGAAUUGUUUGAAUUGUCUGCUUGUCUCUUUCCCUUUUCAUGUUCGUUGAGAACCAAAACAAUACACUUGUUAUUAGGUUAAAAUUUUGUCAUUGAAGCUAUUUGUUGGAUCCAACAUGGUUAUGUUUGCUCCGAUGAACGCAUAAUCUCCGGCGUCCUCCGGUGGCAAGAUAUGAGAUAUCCAAAGUCCAAAGCCAAGAAUUGGUGCGUUUUUUUGGGCCGAAAUAAAGAUAACAAAAAACC